CCUCUGCGCAAAGAGAAACGUUUCCAGGCCUCUUUAUACAUUCAUACAUCGCGCGAUUUUUUCCGGGACCAUGGCCGCAGUGUAAUGAUGUUCAAGAAAAUGCUCAAGAGUGUCAACAGCCCGUUCUCGAUGGAAAACCUCCUUUCCACGCCGGAGCCCUUGGAAGAGGACCGAAAGUCGGAAAGUGAGCGCCUAACUCCGGAGAAAAGCGACGUUUUCUUGCGGCUGAAAAACCGGAUUUGCUCGAAUUGUGGCCGCCUCGAGUGCAAUUUUUUCCAGUGCAGAAUCACUAGUGAUAUUAAAGACACUAAACCCGUUUUGAAAUUUAGUGUUAGUGCCAUUCUGGGCGACGAGCACCAGCAACAAAGGAAUAAUCAGCAAAAUGAAAAUCUACUACACGUGGCGCCUCCCAGUCUACUCGGACUCUCCUACCUCAGCAACCAUUCGACGUCGAUAGCCAAACCGGUGGCCAGUAGGCCGCAUUUCAACCCCCAUUUGCUUCUGGCGCACUGCAGGCCCCAACCCUAUCUCACAGUGACGACACCGGUAUCGGGCUCACAAUCGGCUGUGUUUCCCCUCCCUGGCACUUUCCCAUGGGCACACAGCGGCCGGGGGAAGCCCCGCCGCGGGAUGAUGCGUCGUGCCGUCUUCAGCGACCUCCAACGCAAAGGCCUGGAGCGCCGCUUCCAAAUCCAGAAAUACAUCAGUAAACCGGACCGCAAGAAACUCGCCGAAAAGCUCGGCCUCAAAGACAGCCAAGUGAAAAUCUGGUUCCAAAACCGCCGAAUGAAGUGGAGAAACUCCAAGGAGAGGGAAUUGUUGGCGGCCGGCGGGUCGCGCGAGCAAACGCUCCCCAACAAGAACAACCCCCAUCCGGACCUGAGCGACGCCGACGGCGACAAGCCCAAACUGGAUCUGACAGACGUGCAGGAUAUCUCUCCUGUAAACUCGCCGGAAAGGGAGGCGGGACUUCCCGUACAGACCUACCACUACGACGGGGUGGAUUACGACAGUUCGAACGAUAGCGACGAAGAGAUUAACGUUACAUGAUCUGGUUUUUAGAUUCAUAAAACAUAAGGGGGGGUUUGUAUAUAAAUGGUGCACUUUCACGAGUGAGAUGAUUUAUUAUUGCACAAUCAUAUUUUAACGACUCGAUGUGUGUACAUGGAGAGGGCGCGCCGAGAAGCACUUAAAGUAUUGUAAAUAUUUACAAAUAUGUAUGUAAAGAACAUAAAGAA